GCCAACCCUGUACAAGCACAUGGGUUUAGGGUUGAAAGUUUGAGACUUUACCUAUUUAUACAUGAGGAGGUCCAUGCAUCGUCGUCAUGUAUUAGAUUACUUGCUUAGCAAGCUGAAAAUCAAAUAAUGUCUCUGCGUGAAGAAAUCAACCCAUCAAGCUAUGGUGAUAAAAUCACUGUUCUAAGCAUUGAUGGUGGAGGAAUUAGAGGCAUAAUCCCUGCAACCAUAUUGACUUUCCUUGAAUCCAAAUUACAAGAACUGGAUGGAGAAGAAGCCCGAAUUGCAGAUUACUUCGACGUGAUCGCAGGAACAAGCACAGGAGGCCUAAUAACAGCCAUGUUGACAGCACCUGACCAAAACAAACGACCUCUCUAUGAGGCCAAAGAUAUUGUUCCAUUCUAUCUCAACCAUUGCCCCAAAAUAUUCCCUCAAUCCAGUGGACCACUUAUGAGAAUGAGAGCCUUAAGGGGACCCAAAUAUGAUGGCAAGUAUCUCAGAAAGUUGGUUCGCAAAAUACUUGGAACUCGAAGACUGCAUGAAACUGUAACUCGAAUUGUGGUGCCUACAUUUGACAUCAAAUUGCUACAACCCCAUGUCUUCUCAACCUUCGAGGCAGAGAUGGAAUUUUCUGAGGAUGCAUUGCUAUCAGAUGUUUGCAUCGGUACUUCGUCUGCUCCAACUUAUCUCCCAGCUCAUCAUUUCAAAACUAAAGAUUCAGAAGGAAAUGAAAGGGAAUUCCACCUUGUUGAUGGUGGGGUGGCAGCAAACAAUCCUGCAUUGCUGGCAAUGAAGCCAACAGGGAAAGUGUUCCCAGGCAGUCCAGAUGAUCUGGCCUCACCACAAAGUCUACAAUAUGAGAAAUACCUUAUGCUCUCACUGGGCACAGGGACUUCAAAGAUAGAGAAAAAAUACAACGCAAAAAUGGCAGCAAAGUGGGGGAUUUUGGGCUGGCUUUACAAGGAUGGCCAUUGCCCUUUACUUGAUGCCUUCACAUUUGCUAGCGGAGACAUGGUCGACCUUCACAUGUCCUUGAUUUUCAGGUCUGUCAAAUGCGAGCACAACUACCUUCGCAUUCAGGAUGACACAUUAAGUGGGAACACAUCAUCGACAGACAAGGCAACGAAGGAGAACAUGAGGGAGCUAAUAAAGACUGGUGAGAGUCUGUUGCAGAAGCCUGCUUCAAGGAUGAAUCUUGAUACAGGGAUAUUUGAACCAGCUCACAAUGGAGCCACCAAUCAAGAAGUCCUCACUAGAUUUGCUCAAAAACUAUCGGAGGAGAGAAGACUGCGAAAGGAACGAUUACAUUAGUGGUCCUCCAUUUGAUUACAAUAUAUAAUAGAUUCAUUAUCUUAAUUAUAAUUGUGUUUAAGUGAAUUUAUACUUGGUAUUAGAAUCAUGAUAUUGGCAUAUUGCUUGACACAUCUGGUGCAAGUUUUAUUCAUUAAUAAUAAUUUAUAUAUAUAUAUAUA